GCUAAUCUGCUAAAGAUCCUGAAGAAUCAUCAUGUCUGUUUCCAUUGAAGCUCUAGCAAUGGCAGGUGCUAAUUACCUUGAUUAUGGCAUGGACAUUAAAGAAUGGGAACGCCUGGCCUCGCAGCUUCCUCCCCAUCUAUUUCUUGAAGAAGACGACGACGACGUAGGUAUGGAGAGGAAGAAUAAUAGCUCUCCAUCUGCAGAAACUUGUUCCUCAAAUGAUCAUGACGCUGACGAAGAAGAAGAAGAAGCAAGCGCAGCAGGCUAUCCGAAAUGUUUGAGGUCGAUGGUGUGGUUAACAACGAGCUGCCGUGGGCACGUUGUUGAUGAACAUGAGGAUGGAAAUCGAGAGAAGACCCUAAACUUUCAGCAAUUGUUGCCAGCAUGAUCAAAUAUAGGAAACUAAUUUUGUGUUUUCUUUUUCUUUUCUUUUUCAUUUGUUUCAUUCAUCCCUCAAUGUUUUAAUUGAUCCCGAGUUGAAGA